GGCCUGGGGGAGGGGACAGUUCUGGGAAUGGUUCUGCUGCCCUGAGUGUCCCCGCGUGUCCCCAGGGCCAUGAAAAGUGUGCCUUGUUGAUCCUGGGGGAAACCCAAGACCUUGGCCUUAUCAAUGCAAGUAACAGUGCUCUGCAGAUGCCGCUGCACAUCGCGGCGAGGAACGGCCUGGCCUCGGUGGUGCAGGCCCUGCUCAGCCGCGGGGCCACCGUGCUGGCUGUGGAUGAAGAAGGUCACACCCCAGCCCUGGCGUGUGCCCCCAACAAGGACGUGGCCGACUGCCUGGCACUGAUCCUCUCCACCAUGAAGCCUUUCCCGCCCAAGGACGCGCUCGGCUCCUUCAGCCUCAGCCUCCUCACGAACUGCGGCAUCGCGGCCAAGGCGGCGGCGGCGGCGGCCUGCGGGGCGCUGCCGGUGCCGGUGCCGGCCUGCGGGGCGCUGCCGGUACCGGCCUGCGGGGCGCUGCCGGUGCCGGCCCGCGGGGCGCUGCCGGUGCCGGCCUGCGGGGCGCUGCCGAACGGCUCCUCCUGCCCCUACUCCAAGGAGCGCCACAGCGCCAUCGGCCUGGACGGCUGCUACUCGGAGUGA